AUGAAUGGAGAAGAAGAUAAAGUGGGCUAUGAUAGGGUAGGUGAGGUUAAUGGAUGGCACUCUGCUGGUACAUUUGAUGUAUGCAGCAGAAUUGGAGGUCCUUUUCGAACCAUGAGGUUCCCUGCUGAGCUGGUGGAGCCAACAAUGGCCUUGACAUUGCUCUUAGGCUCUUGCAGCCUAUCAGGAAGCAAUUCCCUAUACUUUCUCAUGCUGAUUUCCAUCAGUUGGCUGGGAUUGUUGCUGUUGAAGUUACUGGAGGACCUGAAGUUCCAUUCCAUCCUGGAAGGCCGUGUUUUUAAUUAUGAAGAAUCUGCUUUAAGCAUUAACAUAAAGGCUUACAACACUGUAAAUUCAUGA